AUGAUUGAGUGUGUUAGUGAACUCUAUUAUGGAAUGCACAAUCUCGGUCUGUUCCCAAACCAAGCCGAACUUGGCAGACAAAUGCAAAUCAGAGUCAAUCAAUUCGUCAUCAACAAAGAGUGGAAUGCAGCUUGGAUCCUCAACUUCAAGGUCGAAGGUUCAAUGGGCUCAGUUCAUGAUGCAGAGCAACACCAUUACCCUGUUAAAGAUGAACCCCCUAUGUCAAGUAGAGGCAAUACUCCCACCUUCGCCUCAAACGACUUUGGCCAUCGAUUGCUUGGCUGUGAUGCCACACCGGGACCCACACCUGAACUCAACACUGUUGCCAACUGUCAGAGGUCGCAUGCCUGA